AUGCAGUUCACCAACGCCCUCGCCGUUGCGGCCUCCCUCAUCACCGCCGUCUCCGGCGCCGCGGUUCCCCAGCUCAUUACCCGCCAGAACAACGGCACCACAAACGGCACCGCCCCCGGCCUGCCCGCCGACGCAAAGUUCCAGCUCAUGGCCCUCCGCUCCGCCAGCGAGGUGCACUUCUCGACCUUCCAGGCCGCCAAGAGCUCCAUCUUCCUCCAGCUCCCCAACCAGAACGCCACCUGCGACAGCACCGAGGAUGACGACUCGGCCACCUUCUACCUGAACCAGGACGACGGCGGCCUCUACCUCUACGCCGCCUCCGCCACCCCGCAGCAGCUCUACGCCGACCGCUCCGGUAUGGGCCAGGGCAAGCUCGGCUACACCACCGGCGCCCAGCCCGCGCCCCGCAACGGCGAGCGCACCGGCUGGAAGGUUGACCAGUAUGGCGACCUUACCCUCGACGGCGCCAGCUUCCUGGCCUGCCCCAACAGCAUCGAGGACAGCUGGUCCGUCUGGAUCUCUUCCGGUGUCGCCAACCCUGCCGGCAACACUGACUGCCUUGGCAUUGCUGUCCGCGCCGUCCAGAUCACCGACCCCAACAGCUGCAGUUACACUUCCUAA